AUGAUCACAAUCUACCGGGUGCCAACUUCUUCAUGUGAACAUAGAUCUCAGAGACACCACGUGUUGUACAGUGGGUCUGCACGGUCACCUACCACCCACAGAACAUCUCGGGGGACAAACUGGGUCCCCCACCACCCACAGAACAUCUUGGGGGACAAACUGGGUCCCCCACCACCCUCAGAACAUCUCGGGAGACAAACUGGGUCCCCUACCACCCACAGAACAUCUCGGGAGACAAACUGGGUCCCCCACCACCCUCAGAACAUCUCGGGGGACAAACUGGGUCCCCUACCACCAUUCGGCAGACUGUCUCGGGAGACAAACUGGGUCCCCCACCACCCACAGAACAUCUCGGGAGACAAACUGGGUCCCCCACCACCCACAGAACAUCUCGGGAGACAAACUGGGUCCCCCACCACCAUACGGCAGACUGUCUCGGGGGACAAACUGGGUCCCCCACCACCAUACGGCAGACUGUCUCGGGGGACAAACUGGGUCCCCCACCACCAUACGGCAGACUGUCAAGAAGGCGACAGCGAUCUCUAUAAGAAUAUGGCAAUCGAUGUUACGAUGCCUGUGAUCUUCCAACGCUAA